AGACGUGGUCACACUGCACAUAUAAAAACGGCUAGAAGCGGGUUUGUCUAAAAUAGGUUGUUAAACUAAGUAAAUGUAGAAUUAGGACAAUGGCCAGCGGAUCCAGAGCAACCAUUUUGCCCCAGUCGAAGGAGGCGCUUCUAAAGUCCUACAAUGCGCGCCUCAAGGAUGACGUUCGCAGCAUGCUGGAGAAUUUUGAAGAAAUCCUCAAGCUGGCGCGCCGUGAGAGCCACAGCCAGAUUUCGAAGACCACGCAGUGCGAACAGGAUGCCCUGGAAAUGCAGGUCCGCGCGGCCAACAUGGUCCGUGCCGGCGAGUCUCUGAUGAAGCUGGUAGCCGACCUGAAGCAGUACCUAAUCCUCAACGACUUUCACUCGGUCAACGAGGCCAUCACGAACAAUUCGCAGCUGUUCAGGAACACGCAGAGCGAGUGCGACAAGAAGCUGAUGAAACUGAGGGACGAAAUGGCCAUGGACCUGUACGACCUGGAGGAGGAGUACUACACCAGCAUUUUUAAGUAGCGCUAAGUGGGGAAGGUUCACCUUAUUUCUGAUGAACUGACUUUGGCCGAACUGUAGAAUUUAAUAACAAAUCACUACCACAUUCA